AUUCUCUUUGCCUUCGCAAGAUGGUCAUCUACUACACCAAGCACAACAACACGGUCAUGGAGAAGCUCGGCUUCCGCUCCAAGACGUUCGCCAUGGACGUCAACACCGCGAAAGGCUCCUUCACGUGCAUGAACACCAACACGACGUUCGCGAUCGACGCCAUCGUGGACGCGCAGUGGACCAACGACAAGCACCUGACGCUGCGCGUGCAGCACCACGGCGCCGUCGUCAAGCAGCACCUCAUCUUCGAGAACCACGCCGACCUGCACAUGUUCCUCUCCGAGCUCGGCGUUCACGACGCGGUGCAGAAGCGAGGCAGCGACCGCGGCUCCUUUUCCAACGCGACCUUGCCACCGACGCAAAAGCCCUUCCGCCGUAGCAUUUAGACAUUAAUCUACCUCAUAUUUAUCUUCUCAGAUGCGUACAUUCCUCGGAGCCAU